CAGCUGCUGGCCCUCUCUAUGGUCACUAUGGCAGUUGUCACUCACUUUGGAGACCACUUGACUGUCAUUGGACAUGUAUCCUUGGAGAGGAACCCCUAUGAAGCAAUGCACUACUGGGCCUUCUACAUGACCAUUAGCCUAGCAUGUCUACUGAGCCUGAGCGCUGCCCUGAGCACCAUAGCCACUGUGAGGGAGGCCCAUGGCCUCAUGGCUGCGGGUUUCCUGUGCUUUGCCCUGUCAUUCUGCAUCUUGGUACAAGUGGCCUUCUGGAGAUUCCACAAUCCCAACCAGGUGGAGGAUGCAGUAUUGGACACCUAUGACCUUGUGUAUGACCAGGCAAUGAAGAGACCAUCUAGCAGCUGGUGGCAGGAACUGGCCACCAUCCAAGACACGUUUCUGUGUUGUGGGAAGAAGUCUCCUUUCGGGCUUCUCACGAGCACUGGAGCUAUCCCAUGCCAGGGCCAGGAGGCCAGGAGAGAGGACUGCCUACAGAGCAUCGGGAACUUUCUGUGGACACACUACAGUAUCGCCUCCACCCUGACCUGCACCAGCUUGGCCCUCACGGUAUAUGCUAUGAUGCUCUGCGCCUUCCUCUGGUUUGCCAUUCACUCCUACUGUGGCUUGGAUCGAAAAGGCAGAUACACCCUGACCCCACGAGCCCAUAGCUGCCAGCCCCAGGAACCCAGCCUCUUCAGACAGGUGCCUCAGUGCUCCUCUGAAGCACAAGCAUUUGCAAACUAUUCGACACCCCUCUGAAGAACAGGUGUUUGCUACCAUUGGGUUUAGUAGGAUGCUUGUUGCCUGCUUGCCCACAGAGAUGAAGACUUUGGCCCUGAGUCCUCCCAUGAUCCGCAUGGUGGGGCAAGGGAAGGGGAGAUUCUACCAGGUGUGUUAGUUACUUUUAUAUCGUGUGGCCAGACACCGACCAGAAUCAGGAAUAAUCUGGCUCACGGUUUCAGAGAGAUUCUGGUCUAUCACAACAUGGAGGAGUGGCUAUGUCUAUGACAUCAGGAACAUAGGUGGUGAAUGCUGGAAGCCAGAUGUUGAAGUAAACUAACUUUCUCUGAGUUAUUGUGGAGCAAAGGAGACUCGGCUCCCAUGAUCAUAACAAAAUGUGUGGAACCAGAUAGUGGUAGCCAAGUUUCAGAUAAUGGCAUGGGGCAUGCGGCUAUAAAUGCUCCUUAGUUUAGGAAGUAGAGGUCACCAUAUCCUCACCUGGGAUACCACUCCCUCCUGCCCAGGAACUGUUAGGAUCUUGAGACAUGCUGGAGUGUGAAGUUAACUAAAGCCAGGCGUCCAUGAGAUCAUCACCCAUCAGGGGGUGGGGCUUUUAGGUGAAGACACUGUUUGGGGUCACCCACACUCCUUAUAAGUAACUCCUCACCCCAAUAAACACAUUGGUUUAAGUUGAAACUUAAGUAGAAUCCUUUCUUUCAUCCAUUGUCCAUGCUCCAUCCUGGGUGACCAGUUUCUUGCUCAUGUUUCCCAAAGAGAAGUUACACAAUAGCAGAGAACA